AUGAAUAACUAGUUUAUUAAUGUGCAAUAUAAUGAUCAGAUAAAAAUGAAGGUAUCAGAAGUAUUUUAAACUCGUUAUAUUAAUACUUAAAUGUCAAAAUAAGAAUAAACAAUUGUAAUUUUCUUAAUUAUAUUCGGCAACAUAAUUUGGAAUAUAAUUGGAAAUCUCUAGAACACUAAUUUAAGUAAUUAUAAUUAGGAAUUGACAAUUAAAAUAAUAGAGACACUUUGGAUUAUAUUCCAUUAUUUGAAUAAAAAGUAAACAUUUAUUAAAACUUUAGAACUACUUAAUCUCCAGAAUCUCUUCUGAAUUUAGGUUUAGUAAUUUUACUUAUAAAUAGCCUAAUAACAACAUUAACUAUAAGCGAGUAAAAUACAUUUAAUAUUUUAUAGUAUAAGUUAAAGAUCAGAAUAAGUUUUAGACUAAUUUACCUUUUUUAUAUUAAUCCAUUAAUAUAUAUAUAAUCGUUUUUCCUUAAAAUUACAUUACAUACAUUAAGUAGUAGGAAUAAGCAUUGUUUUGAUAUUUUAAAGUUUUUGGGGAGAUCAUUUUAUUAGUACAAUAAAAUUGAUAACAGUGUAAUCAGUUUUUAUUUUAUCAAAAUAAUUACGAUAAUAAAGGUUAUAAAAUGAAACAUCAAAUAAAAUACAGCAAUUUAAUUAAGAACUAGAUUAGAUGAAAUAGCAGUAGCAAUAAUAAAUUAAUAAAUAUUAAGAAGAAAUAGAUUAAAAAUCAUAGAUGCAACUCUAAUCUAGAGCAAAUGACCUAGUGAAUAAAUUAAAAUUAAUAAAAUUUAAAUAAUAAUGUGCAAUUAAAAAUCAGAUGUUAAAAAAUGUUGGGUAAUAAUAAGAAAAAUUAUAAUCAAUGGUUUCAAUAACAGAAGUAUUUGGCAAGGAUGAGAUCGAUGAAGAAAUUAACUAAAAUAAUUAAUCACUUUCUCCAAAAUUGGAAAACUUUAAAAGAAGAGCAAGUAGAACUCUUUCUUAAAAUUCAGAUUUAAAAGGGAAGAACUUAUAAUUUGAUAUAUAGUAAUCUCAUUCUGAUUAAGAUAUAAUUUAAAAAGAUAAUUUUAUAACAAUUGAUGAAAUUGAUGAUCUUUUGAAUUUAUUGACAGGUAAAAAAGACAAUAUUUGGUUGCCAAAAUUCUUAAGAAGUCAUAGAUAGUUAGAUUAUCAAAAUAGUAACAAUAGUAUUCAAUAAACAUCAAAAGAAGAUUAAUUUAGUUUAGAUGCAAAAAAGUAAUUUAAAAUAAACUAUUUAGAUUUAUACUUUCACAUUUUACUUAAAGAGAAGCAUCGUUUUAAUAUAUAGAUGAUAUUCAAGAUGAUAUGGAUGAUAUAGCAGAGAAAACUCUAAUAGAUUUUAAUAUUAACUUUUUAUAACCAGAUUCUACUUUAAACAAUUUAGAUUAAUCGUAAAGAAUGUUAUUCAUAGAAGGAUCUAUAAAUUUAUUUAAAAUAUUCAAAGUUAUAUAAACAUUGAAAAUUACCAAUUUAGAAAUACUUGGAGAUUUUAGUGUUAAAAUAGAGUCUCUAUAUUAAAAUAAUUUUUAUCAUAACUCAAUGCAUGCUAUAGAUGUUGCAAAUUCAACAGCAUUUUUUUUAUAAAAUGGUUUAUCCACUUUAAUUGAUGAUUUUUAGGCUACUUGUUUGUUAAUCUCAUCAUUAGCACAUGACAUUGGACAUCCAGGAUUAAAUAAUGGAUUUAUGACAGCAAAUAGAUGUAGAUUAGCAUUAUUAUUUAAUGAUCAAAGUGUUUUGGAAAAUUAUCAUUCAUUUUUAUUAUUUUAAGUUAUUACAUAACAUAAAUGCAAUAUAAUUGAAAAUUUAACAUAAAAUGAAAUCAAAGGAUUUAGAAAAUAUUGUUUAAAUCUAAUUCUUGAUACUGAUUUAACCAGACAUUUUUAAUUGAUGAAUAAAUUUUAAAAUUAUUUAAACGUUAAUGAAUCUCCUACUAUUGACUAACAAUUAAUUAUGUCUAUAGGAAUUAAAUGUGCAGGUAAUAUUUUAUUCAUUAAAUUAAUUCAGAUGUUGGUCAUGGAGCAAAAGAGUUGAAAUUACAUAAAUUGUGGAGUAGAAGAAUAGUUGAAGAGUUCUUUUUAUAAGGAGAUUUAGAAUAGUAUCUUAAAGUACCAAUUUCACCAAUGUGCGAUAGAAAAUAGAAUGUUUCCAAAUCACAAGAAGGCUUUUUAAAGGCUAUAGUUUUACCUAUGUUUUAGGCCUUUUCAACAAUUUUAAAGAAGUUGUUAUUCAUUUUAUUAAUAGUGAAAACAUACAAAAAACUUGUGUUGACUAAGUAUUAUUAAAUAUAGAAUAUUGGUAAUAAUAGGAGACAGAUGAAAAUUUUAUUGAAGAAACAAUCUUUGAUACAAAUGCAGGAUUGGAAAUUCUUCAAAAGUUCCUAAAUGAACCUCUUCAUAUUGAGAUUUGA